UCGAAGGUCAUGGGUCACGAGACAAAAUGGAGGCACUGGAAGAAACUUUGCAGUUUGUUCUUCAAAAACGUCAGACUUCUGUGGAUAUUCAACACGUCCGUGAAGCCAAAAUCUGCACAAAGAUAGGAACGACUGCCCUUCUGAAUGAGGAUUCCACGAUAAGCCUUUUGAAGCUAGGAGGAUGUGAACAGACCAGAUCCUGUCUCAGGGAUAUCAGAUGUUUCAAAUGGGAAGAGAGAGGGGCUUCCUCAAGUGUGGGUCCAUACAGCACUGCUGAUUCAUCCAUUGCGGUGGUGACGACUAAUGGUACCCUGCAGCUGCACAGUGUUGGAUGUGGCCAGUCUACAGAACUGACUACAACAUGUCUGGGCUCCUGCUGUGUUCAGGAUGUAAUAGGCCCAGGUGCUGUGGAUAUUGUGGAGGUAGGAGCAGAUGUGGUGACUGUGUUAGUUGCUGGCAGACUCCUGUGUAAACUGGCUGUUAGUGAAGAAGUACUUACUGUCAUCAGCCAGAUAAAGCUUCAGGAUGAAGCUGUAGAUGUCAAACAGACAAAGGUUGUGUCUGGGAUCUUGUUUUGUCUGCAGGAGGAUGGAGUUGUUGAUAUCUUUUUUGUGGCAUCCGGUAGAAAGCUAGGUACAGUUGUCAUAAACAAGUACCUGUCUGUCAGAAACGAGCCCCUUGCUUCUGAAGAACAUCAAAACUUAUCAUGUUUUGAUAUUUCCAACAACCUGACAUCACUUGUAGUCGGCAACAGCAGCAAUAUUCAUAAUGUGAAUCUGAAUGAGUACUUCACGCUUUUCCCCCACCACCUCUGCUCUGUAAUAGAGGACCAGAAUCAACCAGUCAGAAGGUUUGAAGGCAUCAAUGAAGAUGACUUGGGGUCUUUUCAGUUUCUGUCAAGAGAAGUAGCUGACAGAAGCUGGAAAAGUCACUUGUGGCAGGUCAAAAGGAAAGUGAUGGAAAGAAGUUUCUUCCAACGGUCUGGAAGAAAGACAGGUGUUAGCCACCCAGCCCCAUCAUACUUUGCAGCAGAAAAGGAAGCACGGUACUGGUUUGAAGAUGUGCCAGAGAUUAGUGCCUCCUUUAAGAAAAGAGGAAAGGACCUUGGAAUGCAUCUCAGCUACAUGAGAAAGCCUCUCACAACCUCAGGGUUUGCUGCUUCAAGAAAAGUAGGAAGACCCACAGCCAGGGAAGUUUGCCAAGGUUCAGAGGCACUCAGCAAUGCCUCCUUACCUCUACCAGUGGAAGUGCAAGGCCUUGAACUGAUGUUGCUGACAGUGGCAGAUACCACAGCCGUCGCAUGGUUUAGCCCCAAGCAAGACAAGGAUGGAAACCAUGGGUUUGUCUGUCAGUACAACCUUUCCACAGGAACAUGCAAGAAUCACAGGUUGAAGGAGCCAUCAGUGGUUGUUCAGAGUGAUGACCAUCUCCACCCACACCUCCUCCUGACAGACAUCACCCUGUCAGCUGUAGCCUGGGCUGCCCCACAGGAGGAGCUGGUCAACCAGCUGAUGCUGUAUGCUGGUGCUUCUGUGGCUGAGUCUCUGUGCCAUAUAAACCACUGGGACCCAUGUUCCAUCCCCAUCCACACACUGGAGGUGGGCCUGAGGCAUCGCCAACUGGACACUGUCGCCUUCUUUCUGAAGAGUAGGGAGAACGUGUUCCGACCCAAAUCAAGAACUCCAGCUCAAAGCCCCUUAUCCCCGACACCCCCCAGUCCUCCCCCAGCACCCAGUCUGGACACACUUCAACUCAGAGCAGCCAUAGAUCUGCUUGUCUCUGCCAUCCACGAGAACAUCAAGGAACCACCGUCCAAACAGUUUGCAGAACAACUUCUGCACCUGACACUGGACCACCUACAUCUGCUCAUCAGGACAGCCACUGAGCUGGCAGCAGAUACAUCUCAUCAUCCUUUUGAUCCUUCUGUCGACUUGCCUGGCCCAGUGGCUUCACCAGGCUUUACAGUGGACAGGCCACAACUGGAGCAGUGUGUACAGACAUUGAUGGGCUAUGUUGUGGAGUUAAGGCAUUUCCUGAAAAGGCCUGCAGUCAGCAGCCAAACUGGGGGUGUGGAAAGCUUUGUUCAAAAAGCACUGUCUGGUGAAGGAGCCUACACACUACAACUCUUAGAUGAAGAUGAUAAAUGCUUGAAGAGGUGGGAGGCAAUGGAUAAAGAGGCCAUGAUUUGUGAUGCCAUCCUGACGUCCAACAUCCCGUUGGCUCAGUCCUGCCUGCAGGAGCGAGCCUUUGGUCAGAGCUCCGGCCAUGUCCAGGCAGGCAAGCUGACCAGCGUUACUGACCUCGGCCUGAACAUGGCCCUACAGUGUCUGGUAGACAAAGACUUACAACAGGCCUGGAAACUACUGGCCAAUAUGGGUUAUGAGGUGACUCAACAACUGCAUAGAAUCUGUUUCUACACUCCAAACAGAGCACUGAGGGACUUCUUGGUUGAAGAACUCCUGAAGUCAGGUUCCCUGUCAGCAGGAGAACAGGCUAUGGUCCAGUUUGUCCAACAAGUGGAGAGUCUGUACACGUGUCAGUCCUUUCAAUCUGCCAAGGCCUUCCUACAGGAAACUGCAACAAAAAGAGACCCUUUGCAAGCUGUUUCACAAGAUCUGACAGCUCAAGCUUCGGACUUCCUGUCGCUGCACCUCCAGUGUGAGGAGAUAGGGGGAGCUGGUCCCAUGAACUGUGAGAACUCCAGCUAUGCCCACCUGGUGCUGGAGUGGGUACGUCAUUGGGACCAGCAGACAAGAGAAAGAGUCCUGCUGGAGAGGAUGUUGGCAAUGGACACAAAAGAGGAGCAUGUCAGCAAGAAUGUAAGUUGUGAAUCCACCUGGGCCUACCUAACGUCCCAUCACAUGUGGAACAGCCUUCUACAGUGGAUACAGACCAGUUUCCCUGUAGAGGAAGAUAAAGAGAAAGUUGUGACUUUCACCCUGCAGGGCCCACUCACACUACAGGUGAUCAAUCAGCUUGGGUCCUGCACACCAUUUCUGAAGGACAGAAUAUUGGAUGAACUUGCCAGGAGAGGACAAUUUGUGUCUGAUGAACUGUUGAAGUUUGAGGACCUUCUGCGAAGACUAGCCCGGACACAUCAGGCCAUCUCACACCCCCACGUCAUGGAAGGGGAGCCUCUGAAGAGCCUGUCUGUCCUAGACUACCACCACCUGUUCAUCACAUACUGCGUGGAGAAACAACUCCCCAACCUGCUGUAUUACUAUCUGGACUUCUAUGGUUUAAAUGAAGAAGAUGGCAAACUGUGCAUCCCUGCAGACUGUGCUCCAUGGGUGGACAUGUUGGUCCAGUUCAGACACACAGCCAGCAGAUACACAGAUCCAUCUGCAGUAUUCCAGGCCAGUCUGUCCAAUGCGUGUGUGUUCCUGGGGGCCGACUCUGUUACUGUCCAGACUAUGUUGGAGGAGGGACGAGUUCUCAUGGCCUUGGCUACUUUGAUGUAUGCACCUGAAAACAUCACACAGGCACUGACUGAACCAGCCACUGAUUCUGACAAGCAGUGGAAGAUCUGUCCUUCUGUUCUGAAGCGAACCCUGGCUGCCCAUCCCAAACUGCAGUCUGUUUUGUUUCCUACCCACCCAUUGGGCACAGUACCUCCACAAGACAUUACACUUUAUCAGUUACUUCAGCGCAACUGCCCCUUCGACCCCAGUCGACUGUUUGGUUGGCAGGAGAUGAACACACUUAGCUCUGGAUCAGAUUGCCUGCAGGAUAUGCCCCACUUCUCUCACCAGGAGUUGGUAUCCCAGUAUGCUCACACCGAAGACCUGCAGUUCACCUACUACCUGCGGAGGGGCAGGCCUUCUUUUGCCUUCGCAAAGUUUCUAUCAGCAGAGAUGGAAGCAAGAGGGUCGCUCUCCCAAAGAAGGCUUUUGCGGGCUAGUUUGAAAGCGUAUUGCCUGGCCCUGAGGAACUUCACCCAGCCAGCUGUCACAGCCUCAUGUGUGCUGUUCCUGGAGAUGCUGGGAGUGGACAGCACCAAGCUGCGGGUGGACGUGCAGACAGCUAACACUGUGCUAUCCCACAGGGUGGACAGCAUGGAGCUGUCUGGGCAGAAGAGACAGGACAUGGAGAGACAGCAGGCCAGGGAUAUCACAUACAUGUUUCUGGAGUGUGUCCGUGGCAAGAAAAGGGCAGCAGAGCGCAUCCUUCAGUGGUUAGAGGAUGCAACAUCCCAACUCAUAGACAAUCAGGGGCUUGAAAGGGAUAGCACAGAGGCCAGCCAACAGUGGACCUUGCCUGUCAGCUUCUGUAUCGUUCACUAUCUGCCCUACACUUGUGUGUUUCUGGAGGACUGUGCCAAGGCUGACAACUGGCUGCAGUUCACCUGUUUUGUCCAAACCCACCAAUACCCUAAGGAUCAAGUCUUAAAGAUGGCUGGGAAAUUCAACAGUCCACAUCUUGCCGAACAUCUCAAGCUAGCUUUUGAUUCCUUGAAGUACACUGCAGGCUCCUCUUUGAAGGCUAGGCACAUCCUGUUCUCAGGUAGUGAUAUCAUGAGUGGUGAUGGAGUGAGGAAGAAGAAAGACGAGGGUGGCAAAACUGAGGGCCAGUCUGGUGUCAGGGAUAUCAGGAGCCAGUUCUACAUGAGAAUGGGACUGGCCAGAGGCAAAGACAAUGUACUGUCCACUGUAGAUGAGAAUAAGCCAGCCUAUUCUGAACCAUUCCAUACCCACACUCCUGUGAGUACCAUCAAGAGGCAAAAGUCUCCCAAAGCUGUGAGCAGUACAGACGGGUCAGAGCAAGAGGAUGAAGACACAGGGUUGUCAAGCACAGAGCCGCAGGAUAAAACUGAGUCUGCCACAGUUAGCUCUGCAGAGAGCGCACCUCCAGGCAAUGGGACUGCUAUAACUUUGACGGUCUCGGCUGAAGAAAAGGAAGUGGACCCAUCCAGCUGUCCAGAUGAUCUCUUCAGUGUGCUGUUCAAAUGUCAGAAUACCAGCUGUCCCUGGAGGUCAUUGCUGGCUCAUGCUGUUGCCCUGACGGCUCCGGUACUAGCUGUACUUGCUGCUUGCUAUGAGGAGUCCCAGCUCCUAGACUGCCUGUGUGUGUGGCUGGUGACGUCCCUCCCUCCCUCCAGCUCUGUCCCUGCUACAGCCCACAUCCCCAACAUACAGUGGCAUCACUGGUGCCUUCAGGACUUGGACAGGGUCAUUCUGGUAGCCAUGGGAACAAAUCACAUCAAAACACUGGCUAGAGGAGUUCAGAUCUUCCAAACCGAAUCCCCCCUUGUGCCCUUGUUUGAGUUUGCGGAGGCCUUUUCUGUCAAGAAAGAAUACUCUUCUUCCCACCUCCUCCUGCACAAGUUCAAAGAUGUCUUGGGCACAACUAGAAAGACUCCAGAGGGCAGAAGUUCAACUGUUAUCAAGACAUUUGGUACCAUAGACUGGCUGGAGAGUGUUGCUGUGUCUGUGUUCAGCAAGCUGAUGUCAGCAGCAUCACAUCAGGAACGUAGUCUUCUUCUAGGAGUGUUGUCAGACACUGCCAUACAAAGGGUUUUUACCAGAGAAGUGCCAGACUAUGUGAGGAUCCACCAGUUGAACCAGCUGCUGAAGGAGACAGGAGUGAGGAUGUGUGUGUGGAGGAUGAUGGACAUCACCAGCACACAGUAUCAGGAGGAGUGUGGGCAGGUCCUGGUCAGCCUACAGGACAAGAAACAGUUUGAAGUGGCUCGACAGUUUGCCAGACUGGCCGGACUGCCCACAGGCAGCAUCACUGUACAAGAGCUCCUGGAAGACUUGUCCCAGCUGAAGAGGUCCAGCCUGUGGCUGCAGGAGGCAGCGCGGGUGGGGUUCUGGAGACAGUGUGAGGACAAACUCAGGAGGCACCACACACCUGCUGCCAUGUCGACAGACUUCUUCCAGACCCAGGCAGAGGGCUUAGUGGUGGAGGUGUCUGAUUCAGAAUAUGUUAAAGUGUUGUCCAAUUCAUGGGAGAAGGCCCUGUUACUGAGCAUGGCCCACCGUUGGCUUGCCUCAGAUUCAGACCACCCACCCAGCCCAGAAAUGCUGGAGAAUCUGGAGGAGAGGAUGUGGAAGAGUUGUAUACAGGCUGAAGUAGAGAAGGAAGAGGGUGGUUCCUCAGUCAUCACCAUGUCCACUCUUCUGGGGACUCCAACUGACUACAGACAGGAGCUGCUGCAGAUGUAUGGGAAGAUGCCAGUGGAGACUCAAGUCUCAGAUAGUCUUCUCACAACAGAAAGGGAGUGCAGGGCUCUGGACUCCAUUAUUGGGAAGUUACUGGACCAGGGGAACAUCAGCCAGGCCUGUAAACUGGCGACACAGUUCCAGUUCUACAGUCAGGACUUGUGCAUUAUCCUCACAUGUCUCAGACUGGUCCAUGGGACCACACUAGUGGAGGACAUCCCAGACAGGAUGAAAGCCUUAUCAGUGUCAGGCCCUCGUAGGAAGAUCAUGUCAUUGUCACAGUCCCUGCCCAGGUCCAUUAGCAUCUCCAGUAUUUCCAGCCAUGCCAGCACUCUUAGUGGCUGGACCACAGUGGACGUGGAUGAUGUUUCUAACACCAUAGAGGUCCUGGCUGACUGCUGUGUACAAGGAAAGGACUGCUGUAACAGGAUACUGGCAGGGUACAAAGUGGCACAGUCCCUGGACUGGAGUUUCCAGAAGGUUGUGUCUAGUGAAGAGUUCAGCACACUACAGGACCUGCUGGUGUCUGAUGUUCAUCACAAGCUCAGGCUGGCCAAGGACUUCAUCAAGUACAAUCACAUGGGAGAGCAACAGGUUGCAGGCUUCCUGGCUGAUGCCAUACUCCAUUCCCUUAAGGUCUUCACUGGAGAAACUGCUCCAGAUGCAGACUCCCCCCGUACGGCCAGUGAGCUGGUGUUUCACCCAUCAGAUGGUACAGAGGGGUUUCUGAAGCUGACCAAACUUUGCUCUGACCCUGCAAUAUUGGGCAACAUGCUGUUGGAUCGUGCCACUUCUCUGGAGGGGUCACUGCUUGAAACUUCCAGGGGUGCAUUUUCUGUGCAGGUGGAGCUGCUGAUCAGAGCCCAUGACUGCCACACCCUCUGCUGUAACAUGGAGGGGAUAUCCUCCACCCUGAAGACUGCCCGCAGUCUGUCCACCACCCUGGCACAGGCCGGAGAGUUCGCCCUGAUGAUACGGUUACUGACCGGCAUCGGGCGGUUCAGCGAGAUGACCUACAUAUUUGACACCCUGAGGAAAUACCACCAGUUUGAGCUGCUCUUCAGAAAGGGGAUUGACAAGGAGGAUAAGUUGAAGCUUGCCCUGCUGGACUACUUGAAGAGGUACCACCCCGCCGACAAGGACACCUACACCAUGGUGUGCCUGAGUUUCUCCAUGUACAGGGAGAUAGCAGAGAUGAUGGAGACAGAGGCACACAGGAGCAUGAAGAAACUGGAGAAAGUUACUCUGGAACAAACUCCCCAGAUACAAAGCAGUCUUCAGAAUAUUGUGACAUUCUUCAGUGAUGCUGCAGAGAGCUAUGCAAAGGAGGAGUGCCUACGCCAUGCCUCCUCAUGUAUCCAGCAGGCCCGCCUGGUGGCACUACAGAUCCACCUGCUGGGUCAGGGCUGCAGGGUCAUCAACCUACAGGGCAAGGAUGUGGUCAAGUUCAUCUCACAGCAUGGCAAGUUCCUGGAUGCGUUGAUAGUAGCAGAAGCCUAUGGCAAGCAGUCGGAGUGGUCCUCAGCCCUGUACAACAACGUUGUUCUGUCAGGAGACUUCCGUUAUCUGGACGACUACCUGGCACACCUGAGCCUCAACAGUGGCAUGUUUGUAGAUAUUGUGGGAAGGUACCACCGGGAUGGCAGUAAGUCCAGCCAGGUGGCAGGUAACCUGAAGAAGCUGCUGGGAUACUGCAGGGAGGUGCAGGUCACCUACAGGCUGGCUACUGAGAUGGGGUUUAACGACCUCUGUCUGCAGCUGUUAGAGGGAGAUGGAGGGGCUUACCUUAGGGAUGUGGCAUGAUGCUGUUAUGCAGCAGAUUGGAAUGUGUAACUGUAUGGUAUAAGCCAGUUCACCUUUUUUAAUGAAAUGCAAUACACGUAGAGUGUAAAAAGUCUGAAGGCAGUUUAGAUGUCAACAGUUGAUUUGACUGGAUAGCACAUUUUUGUUUGAUCCAGAUAGUAUGUCAUACUAUCAGAAGAAGAAUGUUCAAUGCUUUUGAACUGAUUUUAUGAAAUAAUUGAUAAUGUUUGAUUUUGUUUCUUUAAGUGCAAUAUACAUUCAUUUUGAUGAAAAGGACACAUUAAGGAAAUUGUUGAGAAAGAAAAGAUUAUAUGUACAGGUCUAAUGGCAAAAAAGGUUACUUUUUUUUACCAAAACUCAGAGAGCCCUUAUGAGAUGUAGUGAAAAUAAUGAAUGAACAUGAGUCAUGUGAUCGUUGAAAUUUCAUUUAUUUUCAAGGCCUUAUCUAGCUUUUUGAAAGCAUCCAAAGAAACACCACGACAUGCACUAUUGAAUGAAGGACAACAAUUUAUCAUACAACCAUUCAAAUUCAUGCUCCAGGAGACAAAAGGUUGAUGUACAAUGUAUUUCCUAGGAUGUUCCAAUAACACAGUAUGUCCCUGUGAUUUGGGUGAGGUAAAAUUAAAAUUUUUCCUAUAGUCCUCACAAGCUAUGUAUCACGUACAAAAUAAAGGUCAUGCACAGCAUCCUUAUGGUCUGUCUAUCUAAUACAAGACAUAUUUGUUUAUUAAUUCUUAAAGUGAAAAACAUGGGGAAUGAACUACAGUUCCCCAAAAAAUACUAAAAAGAGGUCUGGAUUGAUUGUAGCAAUUGCAAAAGCUUUUAUAACAGAUGAACUACAGUAUGUAUAUGAAAUUAUCAUUGUGCCAAAUAUGACAACAGCAAAAAGUGUAGUUUCUCCCUAUAUGUAGAAGUAUUAACUGUUAGUAAGACAAAAUAAUUGCAACAAGUAACAAUAAGAAUACCUGAAAACACUGCGUCUCUGCAUUUUCAUAACCUAUAAACUAGGCACCCCAAGUUUAUAAGAA